ACAGCCAUGUUGUUCUUUCCCCAUUGUGGUGUGAUUUUAAAGCUUCUUCACCAUUUGGAAACCAAUUCUUAUAAAACUACUGGCUCAAAUGAGCAGCUGUACUGUUUGAAUUAGAUGUCGAGACUCUCGGGACAUGGCUGCGCAGUGUGUGGCGCUGCUUCUCCUGGACUAUGAGUGGACAGCUGUGACUCAGCUGAAAAGAUAUCAGGCAACAAACCUGUAUCUGAGUAUAGGAGUCAUCACGGGUAGAUGUGGCCUCUUGCAGUCAGACAGGUGUCUUUAGUCUAUACUGCCAGGUGGAUCAGGACCAGUCAGUCCUCGAGGGUGGUGAAAUUGGACUCGGCACCAAACUCUGUUGCAUUGGGCCAUCAGAAGAAGAAGAAGAGGAGGAGGCGGUGACGAGGUGGAGCCAUGUCGGCCUCGUGGCGUGAAGAUGAUGAAGAGUUCAGGGUGGGAGGAGUAAAGGGAGGGUUGAGAGCUAAACCGAGGUUCUCCUUCACUGAGGUCAAACUGCUGCUGGAGGCGGUGAAGAGGAACAGAUACAUCAUCCUCAGGAAGUUUAACCAAGGUGUGUCGGCUGAAACCAAGAAACAGACCUGGGCUGAAAUCACGAAUCAGAUCAACGGUCUGGGAGAGAAUCAUAGAGAGGUGCGUCAGAUCAUGAAGAAAUGGGCAGACCUCAAAUGUGAUGGAAAGCGACGCAUCGUAGCCCUCCGGGGCCCCAAUGGCAGCAACCUGAGGAAGAAGAACCUGGGCCCUGUGGAGAGGAUGGUCCAUAAGAUACUAAUGAUGAGUCCUAGAGGAGAUGGCGACAGUGAUCAGGACUUGGGCGAUGAUGAUGAUUUUUCAAAGCUUUACAGUAAAGGCCCACACGCUAACCCUCCAGCUUACUCCUACCUCAGCUUGACAGACAGUUCCCACUCUUUACUUGGAGGAGCCUCCUUAGACCUUUCUCCUCUCUCGUCACCAGAGAAAGAGCUCAGUGGUGAUCCUUUCCAUUCCUCCUCUGACUUUGACUUAGACCUGGCUGACGACGGAGAACGUACCAUGGAUUUUGACGAAAAUGACGACUCCGUGUUCUCCUCCUACCCUCCCUCUCUCCCCCCGCCCUCCUCCACCUCCCUGGACCCCCUGCCUGACGACGCCCUGCUGAGGAUCAAGCCAGUCCACACCUACUCCCGAAACAACAGCCAGAAUCACAACCACAUCCAGAACCACACUUCAUCCAGACCUCCACCUGGACCAUCUUCUUCUGUGGCCUCCACCUCCUCUGUUUUCCCUUCAGUGUCAGAUUCAGACACUGCCUCGUCCUCUGCUGCUCCUCCCCCAUCGCAGUCCCCCACAAGCUCCAACAUGACUGCCUCCUCCCUCCCUGCUCCCACCUCAUUCGCUCCCCCUCCUCCUCCUCCUCCCGCCUCCUCCUCUACAUCUGUUACAGCCAAUGUCUCUACCUCUCACCCUGCACCCUCCUCUUCCUCCAUCCCACCACCUCCUACUCCUCCCGCUCCUCCCACUUCCUCUGUUGCUGUAUCCUCCUCCUCUGUUGCUACUAAUGUGACCUCCGCUCCCUCCUCUUCUGUCCCCCUUUCCAACUCUCAUCAACCUUCUCCCUCCUCCUCAGUUCUCCCACCCAGUCAUUCCUCCACAUCAGGCUCAAAGUCAUUUGACCCUCUCCCAGCCGGAGCGUCCUCCCGCAGGGCCCAUGACAACGUGGCCCAGAUGGCCUCCCAGAGCCUCCAGCAGCAGCGGGCCAGCAGGAUGCUUCUGACCUCUGUGUCUCAGUCCCUAGAGAUGUUGGCUCAGUCUGUCCAGCUGCUGGUGGAGAGCCAGCAAGAGUUUGUGCAGGAGUCUCUGCUGUUGCAGAGGGAGACGGUGGACAUCCUGAGGGAUUUCUCCAACACAGCGCUGACAAUGCUGAGAGACAAAGCCAACAGUGGACAAAUGGGGACACAUCAUCAUCAUCCUCAUCCCACUUCGCAUUUCUGAAAAAUGGAAAUGAAUAAACUAGUAGGUUUUCAAAAGAGACAACAUGCCAGGAUGAGAAGUAACCACAAGCCAAGUGCGGGAGAAGAUUACAGGCGAUCAGCCACAACCUGGAGUCCUUCUGAUUUUAACAUCUUGGUUUGUUCUUGUUGGCAAAAAGCAUGAAAGAGAUGGGUGAUAUUUGACUUUACUAGCCACUAUGGCUGCUGGACAGAAAAGUUGCUUUCCUUUCCUGAAAAUGGGGCAAAAUGUUUUGCCCAAAUGCACACUAGUGGCACCAACAUGCAGUUUUAGGCCAUGAUAUCAUAGGCUGUUUAAUUAUGUGCCAGAAUCUUGUUUUUUCUUCUGUAUUUACUGUUUGUUUGUGGCAGGCUCAUGUGUUUUCCACACUGUAAUUGGCAUUUUAAAAAGGUAGUGUUUUGAGCUGCUGAAAUCAUGUCACCCCUUUACAAAUUUCCACACAGGCUAACUCAUUGGAUGUGCUGAUAUGUGGAGAUAAAAACACAGAUGAACAUACUAGAUGAUGCAAGGACAGAGUCUUAACGCAAGUGACAUGUUUUGUUGAUGCUACUGCUGAAUUUACUGCUUGUUGAUGAAACACUUAACUUCUACAAUUUCAAAAGGGUUCAUUUGAGUCAUGAAGGACAAAUAAUUAUCCCAUUUCUGUGCGAUGUAGUAACCUGCUUCCAAAAUGCCUUCAUGUUUUGUCUCAGACUGCCUCGGAUUAUAUAAGAUCAGAGGUUUUCCUUUUAUUUAUUUAGUUUUCUGUCCCAAAACGGUUUAAUUUAAUUGAGAGGAGAGCAACUAUUGUGCACGCUCCUGUCAGGAGCCAGUCAGAGAAAUCAGUAGGUCUGAUUUGAUUCCAGUCCUUAAACACCUGCCUAACUCACCGUAAGGUGUCAGCUGAUAUAACUAAAAUCACACUGAAUGGAUAUUUUCUUUUAUCCUGUGCCAAUGAGGAGAUAUAAGUAAACAUUUUAUUAUUUUUAUUAUACUUGAUCAGGAAGGGGUUCUGGUCACUUUCAGACCGGUUGUUACACCAGGCUAACUGAUGUCAAACUGCUGAUAUGUAGCCACUUUUGGUACAAAGUUCCCUAAGUUAUGCUGGCAUUGUGCUGAAGUAUUUCAUUCCUGUAUAGUGCAGAUAAACCCUGAAUCAACUCAUUGUCUGUUUUGUUUUUUUGUGUAACCGUUAUUUACUGAACUGUCGAAAGCCUGCACAGAAAUCUGAUUUGCUAUCGCAGGUAUGUGUUCAAAAUUCACUUCAUUUUACUUGACAUUGUGUUCCUUGGUUUGAUUGUCUGAUGGGAGUUGAUUUACACUAUUUGAACAGGGUAAAGUUAUCCCACAAUGCAAAGUAAAAACUAGUGAACAAGUAAUGUUAAUAAACAAGUUGCAAAUGGCCAUCUUGCAUUGGGGCCCAGUUGUAAUUGGAGUGACAGCACAGGUGUAACUAGAAAUGACCAGCUGAGUUACUAUACAGUCUUCCUCAUAAAAUCCCAAAUAUACAGAUUUAAAAAAUAAAUAUAUCUAUAUAUUAGCAACUUAAAAGUUAAGCUUUUGUUUAUGAGAAACUAAGACAACGCCUCAGCAUAGAAACAUGUACAUGUUAGUAUUUUGGAUGUUCUGCUGCCCACAAAACACAUGAUUAUGUGCUUUUGAAACUCAUUUUUUUGGCCGUCUUUAUGCUGUCCAGCUCAGCGUUGUAUUCUAAAUUCCUCACUUGCAGUUGGCUCUCUCUGUCUGACUGACUGACCAAAUGACAUGUAACUGUGCUGUAACACCAGGCCAUGUGAUGUUUCCUACAACCAAAUCCUGAGAAUAAAGAUUUUAUUAUUAAAAGAA